UUCGUGCAGCUCGGCCUGCACGCCGACCUAUCGCACGCUGCGUCUCGGCUGGACUGGCCGGCGCCGACGCCCAUCCAGCAGCAGUCCAUCCCGGCGAUCUUGGACGGCAAGAGCGUGUGGGCUGAGGCGCCCACGGGCUCCGGCAAGACCGCCGCCUUUGCGUUGCCGCUGCUGCAGCGCCAUCUGGAAACUGGAGACAGACCCGGCCGCCGCCGCCGCGUGAAGACGCUCAUCGUCGCGCCGACGCGAGAGCUGGCGGUGCAGACCGCUGACGCGUUCGUCGCGCUGUGCCGCGAGCUGCCGCGCCCGGCAGACGGCGGCGCUCACUUCUCAAACCCGCGCGUCGUCGCCGUCACCGGCGGCGUGUCCAUCCAGCCGCAGCUGCGCUCCCUCGGGACCGGCGGCGCCGACGUGCUGGUCGGCACUCCAGGGCGGCUGCUCGAGGUGCUGGAGAGCAACGGCGUGUCCCUCGAGUCGGUCUCGACGCUGGUCCUCGACGAGGCGGACCGGCUGCUCGCCCCCGCCUUCGGAGACGAACUCGAGGCCAUCCUCGCUCACUUCGUUCGUGCGGGGCUGCAGACGCUGCUCUACAGCGCCACCUUCCCGUACGCCUCUCGGCCACGAGCCCGCCGCAUGUUUGGGUCGCGGCCCUUUAGGUAUGCGAGUGCGGCGCCGCCGGCCACGAUUGCACAGCGGGCGAUCCUGGUCGACGUGCGGGAGCGUACCCCGCUGCUGCGCCACCUGCUCGAGACGGAGGCAGGGUGGACGCGCGUGCUCGUCUUUGUGGCCAGCCAGAAGAGCGCCGAGCACGUGGCGGCGAAGCUGCGCCGCUCGGCCGUCGCUGCGGAGGCCUUCCACGGCGGGCUCUCCCAGGAGGUGCGCGCGCAGCGGCUCGACGACCUGCGCGCGUCGCGGCUGCGUGUGCUCGUCGCCACGGAUGUCGCCGCUCGAGGCUUGGACGUGGUCGGCCUCGAGGCGAUCGUCAACUAUGAGCUGCCUCGCUCGACCGCCGACUUCACUCACCGCGUGGGGCGGACGGGGCGCGCGGGCGAGGCGGGCGUCGCCGUCAGCUUUGUCGCCAGCACGGGCGCGGCCAACGAGGCGCACUUCGCGCUGAUCGAGAAGCGGCACGGCAUGCAGGUGGCCCGCGAGGCCGUCGAGGGGUUCGAGCCA